CGUUAUCUGCUGUGUUCACAUUGUGUUCGCCAGUUUCACGUUUCGCUUUGCUUAGGUUUCCUCGGGAUAUGUACAAUCCGUGAUGGCUAUUCACCCUCUGGUCAGACCUGUUGGACUCUUCAUCGCAACUCUUGGAGUCGUGCAAGGUUUAGUCUGGACUAUAUUAAGUGUACUAGCAAUACUCUACAGAAAUGGUGUUUUGGAGGUCACAGUGGAAACUACGUACGCGAGUCGUCUCAGCGUUACGUUGAAUAUAAUGUAUUUCAAUGAUCUGCAGUUUGAUAUUCUUUAUAUGAACAAUGAAUCCGUAAACUACUUCGCUUACAUCUACAUGGUCUUAUCCGUCUCUUGGUUGGCCAUCUCCUCUUACGUGUUCUGGUUGCUGAGAUUCAAGAAGUGGUCGUACAUGAAGAAGUAUUUCAUCAGUUGGUUGACGAUCGCUGCGUUCAUCUCAAUCUUGGACAUAAUCGUGACUAUACUCUUCGCGAUCGACUAUGAUUACGUAUCAUCCAAUAUUGAAAUUAGUUUAUUUACAAAUGCCAUGCGCAAAUAUGAGAAUAUUAGUAACUUUGAUUUGGUAAUCUUGUCUGUGGGGAUCAUGAUGUCGAUCGCGGCCAAAGGAUACGUUCUCUUGUUACUCAACUUGAUGGCCUGUGCGAUCACAAUGAAAAUAAUACUUAUACUCAACAAACAGGAGGAAACACCGGUCAUCUUUCAGCAGCAGGCAGCAAUCAACGCGUUUGAACCGGUUCAACGACAGAAUUAUUUCGCUGAAGUGUCGAACGAUGCGGAUCCGAUGCCGUGGAUAUCGCAGGUGAACGGUGGUUUCGUGGACGACGACAGUUCUUGGAGCACGUCGAUGUCCAGAACUCAGAACGAGGAUCGGGUCAGCGCAAGGCGGUACGAUUACAAGGGGAACCAGUACAACGCGUACGAUGACUUCCCGCAGCCGAAGACGCAGGAACGACAAGUGACACCACCGGUGGCGAAGAUCGGAAGAGGAAACCGCGGAAGGUCUCCCAACAAAGUGAUGCCUCCGACGAUACCGGCGCCGGAUUACACUCCACCCUCCAGUCCUAAACUGAAGUCGGUCCUCAGGAGUAAUCAUCAAUACGCCGCAUAAUCGAAGCAAUAAUACACACAUCUAUUUAAUCUUAAUCGUUUAUAGACUUUUAUUGUUUUAGAUUUAUUUCAACAAUUAUUUAAGAUAUUUCACAUUUGACAUGAUUUUAAUAAAGAGAGAUUGCAAAUGUUUUCGCGAAAGAAAUUCAUUGAAAACCAUUGUUAAACCAAAUUAAAGCUAAAUUUUGGCUCUUUGAAACUCGCUGUAUGCGAUUCUUUUAUAUUGCGUUUAAAACUAAUUCCAAUCAUAUCAUGUUCAAUAAAAUUCAUCUAUUUGGUUUUGCAUA